AAAAAUUCCAUAGAUAAAUAAUUAAAUUCUCAUCCAGUCAGCAGACGGAGUUACGUAAACGUUUACACGAGUAAUUCAGCCGACAAUUUAGAUAAGUUUUAUGAACUUGAUCUUGAAUUAUGCGUUUCCGAAAAAAGGAGACUCAACAACGACUAUAUUGUUCUUUCAGCGUUUGCGUUUUUAAAUUACGCUAUCGCGACGAGUUCUCGGGGUAUAAAGAGAACGAUUCAUCCGAGAAAAAGCCACCACUCAUCUUUCAUUAAUUCCACGGAAAUAAAUAGGGAUAAUAUCAAGCCAAGCAGAACAAACAAUUUUAUCAGCAAUAUUAGUGGGCACGCUCCGAUUGAAGGGUUAUCGGCACUAUUCCGCAUCGGUGGCAAUCGUUUGCCAAUAGUCUGACCCACUGUGUAACCACUGAUUUUAUUGAAACGUACGUCUACGACGAAAUUCUGACUUGAUUACUUCAGUGUCAUGUCGAACUGUACAGAGAUCUCGAUUUGAAUUCAACAUCUCGAUCGUUGUGCACGCAAGUUAAAUAGUUUUAAUUCGUGUUAAAUUGGUUUCAUGUGCUGUAAAUAAUUCGAAACUACGUUUCCUCUUCAAGAAAAUAUGGCUGAAUUCGUUUGCAUAGAAGACUACAAGACGUACGCCCAAAGACACUUGUCACGCUCUGUCAGGGACUAUUAUAAUUCUGGAGCUGGAGAAGAAUACAGUUUAAAACUGAACAUCGAGGCAUUCAGGAAAUUCAGGAUACGGCCCCGGUUUUUAAGGGAUGUGUCCAAGAGGGAAAUAAGUACCGUCGUUUUAGGUGAAAGGAUCUCGAUGCCAUUAGGAGUAGCGCCGUCGGCAAUGCAACGUAUGGCACACCCUGAUGGUGAAUGUGCGAACGUAAGAGCCGCCGAAGCAGCAGGCACGAUCUACACGUUAUCAACGAUAUCAACAAGUAGCAUCGAAGAAGUGGCUGAAGCAGCGCCAAAAGGAAUAAAAUGGUUUCAACUCUACAUAUAUAAAGAUCGUAAUGUUACUUCAAAUUUAAUCAAACGAGCAGAACGUGCCGGCUUCAAAGCACUCGUCCUUACCAUCGAUGCACCGAUGUUUGGCGAUAGGCGAGCCGAUUUUAGAAACAAAUUUGUACUUCCAAGUCAUCUGAGAUUAAAAAAUUUUGAUGGAGAAUUGUCAAAUAAAGUAAAUUCUGCGCAGGAUGGCUCUGGGUUGAACGAGUAUGUUACAAAUAUGUUCGAUGCCUCUUUAUCGUGGGAGGAUGUCAAAUGGGUUAAGAGUAUUACAAAGUUGCCAAUCGUUUUAAAAGGAAUUCUAACACCGGAAGAUGCACUUUUAGCUAUCGAAAGUGGAGUAGACGCAAUUGUUGUUUCAAAUCACGGCGCCCGACAAGUCGAUGGUAUUCCGGCAUCGAUCGAAGCGUUGCCAGAAAUAGUCAAAGCAGUGAACAGGAAAAUAGAAGUUUACAUGGAUGGAGGUAUCAGGCAAGGAAUCGAUGUAUUUAAGGCGCUCGCUCUGGGUGCAAAAAUGGUAUUCAUUGGUAGACCUAUAUUGUGGGGUUUAUCUCAUUCGGGGGAAAAAGGUGCGAGGCACAUUCUAGAAAUUUUUAGAAAAGAAAUAGAUUUGGCAUUUGCAUUGACAGGCUGUAGAUCGGUUAAAGAUGUGACGCAGGAUAUGGUGAAGCAUGAAUCUUACUACAGUAGGCUGUAAUAAAAGAAUGUAAUAUUAACGAAAUUUAAUCAUAAUAAAAUAGAUCGAAAAGUAAUGGUCGUUUCAAAAUCAUUUUAUAAAAAGUAAACAAUCUAUGUAAACAACUCAUUUAUAUAUCUUCUUAUUAAUUGUAUAUAUAUAUUAUAAAUAAAAAAACAAAUAGGCUA